AUGGAUUCGCGGAGUGAACACAGAGAUAAAACCAAUCCAGUGACAAGUAUGAAUGCUAAAAGGCAGAAAUUAAGUGAUGGGGAAGACUUCUGGGCCUCUGCAACGCUGUGCCAAGCUCCGGACGACACCCGCAGUGGGAGGUGUCUACGUAAAAAUGGCAACAACAAGGGGAGAAGCCCCUCCAAUGGAAGCGUCGAAAUUGAAGGGUUCUUUCAGGGGAAUCACACAGACCCGUGCAACAAUGUGGUGAAGAGAAAAAUGGAAACUACCCCUUCGGUGAGCAGUAAAAUGAAAAGCACCACUUGGGUGAACACUAAAAUGAAAGGCACCACACCGGGGAGUCACCACCCCAUUGAUUACCAAAAUGGUUACCCCAAUAACGCACACACGCUUGAGGAGGAAGCGGACAUGGUAAGGGGAAAACAGCUGGGGAAGGCAAACAGAGGAGGCACCCCUGAAUCCACCACCACACGCAACCACGUCAGUGACACGUACAAGGUUCUCAUCAACAUUUGCCUGAACGAAAUUAAGAAGAGUGCCAAUCGAGGAGAUCUAGACGAUGUGUAUAGGGUUCUUAAAAACAAGGACCUCAUAUUUGACGAUGAAAAAAUCAGAGGCAACGAAUUUAAAAGGAGGAAGGGAGAGCUUCCCCGUGGGAGCACCUCCUCCAGUUGGUCACGAGCGUCACCUCCUAGUCAUGGGAAACGUUGGGACGACUCUGAAUGUGUCGAGAGGGGUAAAGGAGUGCCCCCAUACCAAGUAAAUAGCAGAAGGAACAAACGGAGCAGCAACUCCAUUAAAAGCAGGAGCGGGAGAAGUGCCGCAAAGGGGGACGAAAACUACUGGAGUGAUGACGAAGAGGAGGAUGGCAGAUCCACGCGUGGCGCAUCAGCCGGGGUGCACAACGGAAGGGGAAAAGUGCAGAAGGAUGUCAAAUCUGUCCAGUCGGGUAUCCAAGAUGUUGGAUUGUUCGGUGAUGGUACACAUGGGGGAGGCGAACGAGGCAAAGGAGAUGGAGGAAGACAGACUCUCACUGCGUCAAGGGACGACGAGGACGUAGCGCGCUUCCCCAACAACAAGCUCAAAACGGGGAUGGAGAGACGUAUGAGCAAAAUGAAAGGCACCAAUCGGAAUCGAAGCGCAGGAGGAGUAGCCCCCCUGGCCAGAGCCACCACGAGGGAGAAGAUCGAAUCGGACAUGUACAACAUCUUCAAAGGGGCGAUAAACAUGCUCACGUGUAAGUACCCGGAGCAUAACAUAAAGGAGUUCUUCUUCAGCAGCCAAGACAGACUCAAAGAAGAAUAUGAAAGCAACAAAAGGAAGUCAAUACAAAUAACUAGCUAUGAGCCUAACAGGUGCACCAACAUUUAUACGAAAAUAAAGCAGGAACUCUAUUACAUCACGAAGAAUACCAAACUCAGGAAUCACAUAAUAAAUACAAGGUACAUGUUUGAUGUAUACAAUUAUUGUGUGAAGAAUAUCAAGAGGAAUAUAACCUUACUUUCUCAUUUCAUCCCAAAUAAGAAGGACUUCAAAUUCAUAACGAAAAUGAAGUUCAAUAACAACUGCGAGAAUGUCGUAACGUGUGGAAAGGAUGGGUACAUAAAGAUCUUCCAUGUCAUAACCGGCAAUUUAAUCCUCUGCAUUAAGGCACAUCGGAAUGCCAUCACCGAUUUUGAUGUCCACCGUUCUGACAAGUAUAUACUCUCGUGUGAUGAAAAGGGGGUCGUUAAAUUCUGGCUGAUCGAUAAGCACAAAUUUAAAACGCUCUUUACGUAUAGACGAACCUUCCUAAUGAACAAGGUGCAGUUCUUUUAUCAUCAAAAGGGGAACAAGCACAAUGCAGAUGGUACUUAUAAAACGUAUGCCAUUUGCUCCACUAACUCCUACUUCUUCAUCAUCAUCUUUGAUGAUCUCAGUAAUGAUUCCCAUUUGUUAUACUCCCUGGAUAUGAACCUCGGAGGUGUCAAAUUUUUCCCCUACAUUCAAUUUUCUUACUCACUAAGUUAUAAUGUGUCCCCCUAUAUGUACAACUCUCUGGUCAUGUCGAAUGGACCCAUCAGAGGAUUAAAGAAUGGCUACCUCAUCUUUAUCAACACGUCUAGCCAAUGCAUCGAUAAAUCUGGGGAGAAGAACGAUUUUUCCAACAUCACCAACUAUAAAAGGAGGAAAAAAAAACUCAUGUUUUUGCUCCUUACGUCCAAACCUUUCUACGAUGAUGAAGAACGAAGUGAUGACUUGCUCAGCAUCACUCCAAACGAUGUGGACAUCAUCAAAUAUGUUAACAAGAUUGACGAGAGUAAGUAUGGAAAUGCUCACACGGAUGACGUCAUCGAGUUGUCUUACAAAGGAGAUAAGAAAAAACAGAAAAUGAGUGAGGAAGAUCUUUCUUACGCGAAAAUCUUCCACUGUUUCGAGAUCAACAUUUUGCAAGAUAAUGCCAAGAAGGAUAUCGGUUUUUCUCUCUUCAAACGGUUCGAAGAUUUUAACGAAGAAAUUGUUCGCUUCGCUUUCGCAAACCGCUCUGCCGACUUCCUCACUGUGCAGUUCAGCGGUUCUAUAUUUCUAUGGCACUUCCAGAGUUACGUCGACGAGGUGGCGCGCUCCAGGGGGGAGAGAAGCUCUUCCCACUGUAUAACUCUUCACAGUAGAAUUCUUGACAGUAAAACUCUUGACAGUAGAACCCUUCACAGUGCUGCACGUCGCAAAGUCAACGUCUGCUGCUUCUACACCUCCCUCUACGUCGAAUUUUUCCUCGAGUCCCUGGCCCUCAACGAGAGCAACAAGGCCAAGGGGGGGAGAACCGACCUGGGAGGCUUCCAGGCCAGGGGCGACGAUGGACGGAAGCCAGGCGAUAGGAGAGAUCCGAAGAGUAACGAAAACAACAAUGCCACGAACGACGUGAAUGACGAAAAUCAGUACGACAAUCUGUUUGUUAUAUCUUCUACGUCCUGUUCGUCGUACUGCUACUCCUCCAGCGGGAAGGAAUACGUGCCAAGGGUGAAUAGGGAGAAGGAACUGAAGAGGAAGCGGCUCCUUAGGGCGCAGCGGGAGGUGAACCCUGAUGGGAGUGCACCAAUGGGGAGGAGGGUCCCCGAUCAGCAGGACAAGUCGAGAGCAUCCAAUGAGCCAGUCGUUGGGUCCAGCGGCACAGUCCGUGCUGCCAGCAGCACAAUCGGCGUGGACCCGGGGGAAGCGAACAACGACAGCGUCAUCAUGGAGAGCAUCGUCUACAGCGGCGGCAGCGCCAGUGGGAGGAGGAGCACAAAUGGAAAUAAUAGACUUGACCCGAAUCGGCUUGUGUCUAACCGUCUGGGAACAGGCAGUCUGGAAAUAAACCGCUUCAUAGAGAGUGGCCUCACAGCGAGCCGCCUCCCCGUUAACCGCCUCCACACCAACGAGGCGACCGAAAAGAGCGGCGCACAGUGCGUGUACAACGAGAAGGCAAACAACAAGCCCAAAAUGAGAGCUAAAAAGUUAAACUACAAAAUUAGCAACGUCUCCUUUAAUAUGUCCGAUGAAUACCUAAUCGUGGCUGACGGAAUAACGAACAAAUCGAACUCGUCUAAGGAAGACACCUUUGCAGUGACGAUGAAGACGAACCUCUCCAUAUUCUGUCUAAGGACCUACGAAGAAAUUAAGAACUUCGAUCUAAAAAAAUGCAACAGCUAUGUCAGUUUUAUCAAGCCCAACCCCUUCUUCACAGAUAUAAUUCUCUUCGCCUGUUUUAGAAAAUACAUUUAUUUGUUGAAUGUACAGAAGAAGAAGAUCAUAAAAAAGUAUUCUUACGAUAGUGAGUUGAAAAACCUAAGUGCAGAGUGGAGUCAAAAUGGCUACCUCUUCAUCGUCUCACACAAUUAUGGGUACUUCUCUAUUUUCACACUGAAUAGAAAUGCCUCCUACAAAUUGACCCUAUCUGAUCAAGUCACUUCUUAUCAGCUUUGCUCGCUGAAUGAACCUAGCAUGAACGAGGUGACGGACAAUUAUGAUAAUAUGAAUUCUCUUCCAGACGUUUUUAUGUAUGAUUCUUUUGAGGGAAAUAAUGCGGAGGACGCGGUGGAUGUUGUGAGAUUUACCAGUGGUGUUGCUUCCGGAGGAGGAGGAGGUGUAACUGCUCCCAGGGGGUUCCUUUUCGGGGACGGGCUAAACAAUUCAUCUAGUUUUAACACCGGUGUGGAAGUCGCAGGAGUGGGUGGAAGCUUCGCCAACAAUUGGAGCGGAGCCACCAUCAUUGGUACCGCUGGGAGGAAUGGAGCGACCGUGAGGAAUGGAACGAGUGGGAGGAAUGGAACCGAUGCCAGAAACGGCGCCUCUUCACGUCGUGGAAGAAAGCGCAACGACGAGGACAGAAGAAAAGGGAGAAGAGUCGCCCGGCGAAGAAACCGAAUUAUAGAGGACAGCUCGGAGCUCUCCUGCUCGGUCAACUCCAUUUACACGCUCUACACGGACAGCAACUCGAAGAACUCCAAAAUUUCGGUGCAGGGCCGAGGAGAAGCGGGGGAUUCUAAAAAAAAAAAAAAAACAAAAAAAAAAAACAAAGGCGCUUCCGAUGACGGGAGUGAUAGAAACCCCAAUGACGAAGUGAGAAUCAUCGACAAAGACAGCUUCCAGGGCAGGGAAGACAAACACGUUAUAAACUUGGAGAACACCCCCUCAAACAACAACGAAGUUAUCAAUGUUGAAGAUGUGCACCGAGAGUGCAUUAAGAAUAGUGCUAAACGAAAGAAAGAAGUGAUUAACCUUGAUAGCGUCCUCAGUGAUAACCACUCCUACGGCUUUAGGAGUAAAAGGACGGCAAGAAACGGACCCACGGCGCUGGAUGUGGGAACCAGGUCAAGUGCAGCCAGCACGGAAGAUGCCCCUAAGCGAAAGAGGCUUCAUAUAGCAAAAGAUAAAGAGGCACAAAAUUUAAGCGGUCACUCAAAUGAUCACUCCAGUGGAAGCGACAGCGAAAGGGGUGCUGUUUCAAGGGGAGGAAGCUCCAAUGGGGAACACACCUAUCUUGCUAGGAAGAACCGCUUCCUACCAAUGAGAAAGCGAAACAUAAAUGUGCCAUCCUCAGAUUUUAAAUCUAAAAGCUAUAAACACGAUGAGUGCCUGUUAAGUGGAGGUUCACACACAAGGGAAGGAGCACAGUACCCCUACGACAUCAGCAUUAGCAAAUUAAAAGAGUUCUUCACUGGGGACAAACGGAAGGAAAAAGAAGAGGUCGUGAAAAGGGAUCGAUACAUGAGUGAUUGGGACACCGAUUUGGAAAAAUGUAGUUCCAUCAAUUUUUUUAGUGACAAUUCAAAUUAUGCCAAUUAUUCUGAUGAUCUGUUUAGCGACUCACCUAAAGGGCGCAGGAUGGAUUCGCUCCAGAGUAGGAACCACAGGGCAUUCGAAUCGGACCAACAUGGACACCUAAAGGAUGUGCGUAGGGGAGGCAACCCAGAUGAUCGACUCAAUGCUGCGUCUCGGAAGGGAAGGUCGAAGCCACAUGGUUCAAGCGGCAUGUGGUCAGAGAAGCGGGGCGCCAGUGGUAGCGGCGAGGAGGACCAUUACGAUGGUGAUGAUGAAAGCGAUGAUGACGACGGUUGGUAUGGCGAACCCCCCACAGGUGACCGCCGAAGGAGCAAACUGCGCAAGGAAGGAAACAACCCAUGCCUGCUAAACUUCACCAAUGCGAACAUUCUGGUAGACAAGAAAUUUAAGAUCUACGAGCAGCACCUUCAACCGGUGCUUCCAAAAUUUUCUAGCUUCAAUUGCAAUAAAAGCUACUUGGACAAGAUUGGAAGCUCCCCGGUGGACCCCAUAUGUAUCCAGCUGAACUACCUUUCCCAAAUGUGCCGGAGGAUGAAGAAGGAGAAUACCAUAAAUCUAAAGUCACUCCUGACCUUUGACGUUCUAUACAAAGCGUUGAUAAAUUAUGGAGGAAGUGGCGGUUCUAUGAAGCGCGGUGAUCACAGCGCGUGCAGUGCCAGCCCCACAUGGGAUGAUAAGAAAUGGUUCAACCACAGAGGGGCGAGCGAAGGACCCGGUAGUUCCCCCGCAGAGGAGAGGAGAGAGUAUAGAAGCAGCUCAGUUAGUGAUGCACACCAUUGCGGAGUCGAUAUGAGCCAACUCCUCAGCCACCAUGCUGCCAUCGGUAGGCACCACUUCCAGGUGGUGAAUAACAGGGGGGACGAGGAGCCCUUGCUCAGGAUGCCCGCCCAUAGGAAGAAUGAGAAAAGUGAGGCCUUCCUCCGGCUGCUGCGGGGUUGCGCGCGAGGUGGAGUUAGCGGCGGAUUCGACGGCGGAUUCAGCGGUGGAGUUGGCGGUAGAGUGGGCGGCCGAAAGAACGGGGAGGAGCCCCCCUCCGAGCCGAACAGAGACCCCCCGGGGAAGAAGAACCCCCUAGGCGCAGCGCUGACCCGGUGCAUAGAAACGUUCAAGCGGAAGAGCGGUGGUGCGGACAAGUACAAGAUGUGUUAUGUGAACGCCGUGCGAGUAGGACGAUCGUACAAACGAUUUAUAAGUGUAAGCUCAAUCUGUGACAGUAGCAGCGUGGUGAGCCCCACUACCAGAGAAGGGAAGAAAAGGGUCCUCGAGAGAAACCCCUUCCGACAUCAAAUGAAGGAAAUGAGCCAGUCGCUGCUGUACCAAAUUUUGAAAAAAUUCCCUUGUAGAGAAGAAGAAGAUAUUGAUACUUUUAUUUAUUAUAAAAAAAAGACCUACGCAGAGAGAAGCAUCAAAGCAGUUCUUCAGUGUUACUUAAAGCACUACACCAAUGUGGACAAAAAAAGGAGACAGCUCGACCAUAGACACUUCAUUUAUACAAACAACAACCGAAUGCUCUUUAUGAAUUCACACACGAUGAAAUUGCUAAACGUUUUAGAAGAGAACUACUGCAAGACCUUAAUUAGAGAAAGUUUCAACCUAAUGAAUAAUUGUCAGCUCAAAGGAAGAAACUGUAUAAUUAAAAGUAUCGAUGGGAUCAACAACUGUAGCUUCCUGAACCCAUACUCCCUUUAUCUGAGGUCCACUGCCAAUUAUGAUUUUCUGGGCUCAAGGACAGUUCAGAAUUCGCUACUCUCCAGUUAUGCAAGGUACAAUGAGUUAUUUGCAAUGUUUAGAGGUAACACGCAGGUGAACAAUGCAGGCAGUGGAGUUACUGCACGCAACGCUUCCAAUGUGGUUAACGCGGCUAAUAUGGCCAAUGCUGCUAAUAUGGCCAACGCUGCUAAUAUAGCCAACGCUGCUAAUAUAGCCAACGCUGCCAGCAUUGCGAGCGUCACCAAUGCGAACAGCGCCAUCAACGUUACGAACUUUCUAUUGAACUAUGAAAACGUUCUAAGCUCCGGAAGGAACACCGACAUUGCUGUCAUAAGUGAGCAUUCCUCAGUUUUUACUAGUGAUCAAUCAGCAAACUUCUUCUCAGAGGAUGAAGAAGACGAUGAUGAAUACGAUGAUGAUGAUUAUGCUCAUGAUGAUUAUGACUUUGGUUAUAAUCACGCAUCGAGUUCCAAUUCCAGAAGGAACAGUAGGAGGAAUAGACGGAGGGGUCGUACGAGCGCUCCCAAGAGAAGCACCACUACUAGACGUAGGACCACGAGACGCAACAAUAACAACACUCCAAGGAGGACUUCAGCAAGGAAUAAAAAAAACAAUCAGAAGAAGAAUUACAACUGCGAUGCGGUCGUCCACGUCAAUGUCAGGAAAAGCGAUCGUUUACGAAAUAAAGAGAUUACCAGACAGGAGAACAACCCUGGGGGAGGAAGCAUCAACAAUGGAGAUGAUGAUGACCUGCUCAACAGUCAGGGGGAUGACUUCCUUAUCAGCGGCACCAGGAGCAGGAGGCACCUCAGGAACAACUCCUCCAACCGUUCUAAAAGCCGAUACAACACCAGGUCGUCAAAUACGAACCGGGACAUUAUCUGA